GGGGGCCCGGCCAGCGGCCAGUGGCGCGCGAGACGCGGACUGCGGUGCGUCGCACGCGGGAGGGACCGAGCAAGCACGCCGGCUGCCGCUGGACUGUAGCCCCGCCUCAGCAUGCUCGCCUGCACGAUAACUGGCCUGUUGGUCAUCUGGAGUUACAUGGUACUACCAACUCUGGCCCAAGUUCUUGUUCAAGAAGUGGGUGUUGGUGAUAUUGCAGUUUUGCCAUGUCCCAGCAAUGAUGACAACCACCGCUUUCAGUUCUGGCAGCUGACAGGAAAUGAGGUCAUUGGUCCAGGAAAUACCAUAAAUCGCGAAAAAUACAAGUAUGAAGUGUUGUCAGGGACUCUGUACAUCAGAGGCGUAUCCUCAGCUGAAUCAGGAUUCUACCGCUGUGUCUCAAAGUCUCUCCAUGACCCUGCAUAUAAUAUUAAAUCUGUUGAACUUGUUGUCAGAAAAGAUUGGGAGGAUGUUUAUGAGAAUGAUUAUGAGACAAACAUGUUCAGAGCUCUGGUAGCUGUUGCCGUUCUACUUGCCAUCGUUGUUAUUUGUGUAGUUUUGUAUGUUCUCUGGAGGAAAAAACAGAGUAAUAGAUUUAGAGGUAUGCUUGAUGAAGAAUCUCCUGAUGAGAGUCCAGUGGGACGUUCAUACAGUGUACAGUCACUGCCUGGCAUGAAUUCCACACCAAAGUCACAUAUUCAGCAACAAGGAAUAGACAAUCCCGCACUGGAUACAGAACUUCCAAAACCUGUCAACUCUUUGCAUACUGAUUCACAGCUCUAGUAGAGCCAUUUGCUUUUUUAAAACUAUCCUGACAAGAUACUGUACAAUAAAAACAGCAUCACUGAAAUUGUGUUACCAUGGCCAAAGAUGUUGUUCCUGGUGAAGCCAGCUGAUGAUGUGUCUUCAAGCAGACAAUUAUUCGAAGAUACCAGACCCUAAGACCAAGUCAGUAUAUUUACUUGUGUAGCAGCACUACACAAGUACAGCUAAGUGUGAUAGUGACAAUGUUUUUUCUUGCACAGUGCUAGGACCUUCUCUCAUUAUCAAAGGUAAUGGGCAGUCAUGUAUUGGAAAUAACAUUGGCAGAAACAUUUGCGACAACUUAAGUUGAAAGAACACAAUAAAACAAAAUUUGUAUAAAUUAUGAUGAGUUUCCUGUGUUAGUACUUCAUCAUAGCUGUGUGUUAUUUUGUAGUAAAUGGCUGCAGAGUGUACCAGCAGUAAUGUAUUUGUUUACAACUUGAUUUAGAAUCUGCUGUAUAUGUUCCUUGUCAACAGUAAUAAGAAAAUUGUGACAUGAAAUAUGGAACAGAAAAACAGAAGAAGGAAUGAGAUGCACAUGCAAUCUCUUGACAACCAAAAAUUAAAGAUAAUUAUUUUGUGAAAUAUUUUUAUGUAAUUAAUAUGCAAGUGUUUUAUAACUAAGCAGAGUUUUGUUGUGAGACUACAUGGUGCUAAAAGCUCUUGCAUCACAAAAAGUGAAUACCAAAUUGUUGACAGCAGACUCAUUUUAAAACAAAAAAAUGCACAAUGGUUUAUCAUCUGUUAAUGUUUGAUCAUCCAAUGGAAGGAAAAAAGUCUCAACUUCUUCAUCCUGAAAAGCAUGUAAAAUGUCUUAAUUGUAACUCUACGUGGAUAAUUUUAGAAUGAGUACCAAAGAACAGAAAUUUAAGGGGCUUUUGUUCCCAUAAAUGACUUACUACAAAAGUUAAAUAGUAUUGGACCUUGAGUAUCAAGCUCUCAAGCUUUGAAGUCUGUGUUUCUUCCUUUGAAUGUAAAGGACUGAGAAGGGGGGAAAAAGAUCUUACAAUUUUUUUUUUCUUAACUCAGUGUAAGAAAACUAUAAUCUGUUUACUGUAAAAAAAUUUGCUGAACUGAGCUUCUCACACUGCCCUUUAAUGAAAAGAAGACCACACACAUCAAGGCACUUGAAGUUGCAUAGCCAUGAUUGCAAAAUCAGUUAUGCUUAUUAUUUAAUUGAGCUAGUGCAUUAUUUUGAAACAGAAAAAAUGUUUUGUACAUCUGUUUGUAUGAAGUCAUAAGAUAAUGCCACAUAAGGGUAUUUACAUAUAAACUUCAGUGCUCUAAACCUGUGGUGUAAUGUACUGUUUGCAAAAUAAAUAUCACAAAAAGGAAAA